AUGCUUCUCCCGGGAGUCCCCAGAGCCAUGACUGCAACUGUGCAGACGCUGCGGUUCAAGCUGCUGCCGCACGAGCCAGGCCAGGAGUGGGGGCACAGCUGCCAGCAGGAAAUCGAGCGUCGCUACCAGGUCGUGCCGUCAGUGGUGUGCGCCAUGUGCUGCCUCUUCGGCAUCAUCUACUGCUUCUUUGGCUUCAGCUGCUUCAAGGCUGUCAUGUUCCUGACGGGGCUGAUGUUCGGCUCCAUCAUCAUCUUCAUGCUGUGCUACAAGGAGAGGGUUUUGGACACGCAGCUGAGCGUGGAGGCCUCAGUGGGCAUCGGGCUGGGCAUCGGGGUCCUGUGCGGGCUGGUCACCAUGCUGGUGCGCAGCGUCGGCCUCUUCAUGGUGGGGCUGCUCCUGGGGCUGCUGCUGGCAGUGGCCACGCUGGUGGUGAUGGAGCAGUUCUACCACCCACCGACGGUGUGGAUCCCCAUCGCGCUGCUCCUGGGUGUCGGGAUGCUCUUCGCCGUCCUCACCCUGCAGUGGCAGCGCUUCUUCACCACCCUCUCCACCGCCGUCUUCGGCAGCGCCAUCAUGACUGUCACCAUCGACUACUUCAUCGAGCUCUUCCUCCUGGUACAGUACAUCUACGAGCGCAUCAAGGUGGCCCCCGCUCGCCCCGUGUGCUGGUACAGCUGGGUCAUCCUGGGCGUCUGGCCGCUCCUCGCCACGCUGGGUGUCCUGGUCCAGUGGAAGGUCACGGCCGAGGGCUACUCCCACACCGAAGGUCAGGUGGGCCACCCGCCACCCCACCAACACAAAGCCCACCCGCCCGAGCCCGCCUACCGCCGCAAACCCAACCCUGUGCGCCGCUUUGAUGGGGAGCUGCUCUCCCCUAGCUAUAUCCAGAGUUUCCGAGAGCGGCAGACGGGGCCGUCCCUGAACAGCCUCAUCGCCAGCUCCCACGCCGUAGUGGACCUGGACUAUGACUGCAGCUCCACCCUCCUGGACUGGGGUGGUCCUGGGGUGGAGGCUGCCAGGGCCAGGUGGUUCCCGUGA